GUCCUUCCUUUCCUCCAUUAACCUGCUUAUAAUUCCUUGAAUUUUUUGUUUUCCACCAGACCACCCCAACUGGCACCAUGACUGAUCCAAAUCAGCAACAGACUCCUGGCGUGUACUCCCCAUUAGUCCAAAACAGGCGUCAGCAAACCUCCAACGCCUACAGAGAGCAGCAGCACCAAAACCACGUCCAAUUCAUUUCGUCUACUCCACUACCUAACCCGCGUCGGCUCUUUCCUGACGCCUCACGAGCAAAGCGUACUUUUCAUCCUACCAAUAGUGGUCCAACUUCAUAUGGAGCUAUCAAUGAUAAUUCCAUGCGGAUCAAUACUGCAAGCGCCAAUGCUGCAGCAAUGCAGGCUGGCUUUAUUAGUCCGGGUCCAACGACUCCGAAGCAAAAGCAAGUACCUCUUCGUACCACUAAAGUAUCUCAAAAACUGGUAAUGCUACCGGAGGAUCAGGAGGAUGAUGAGACGGGGUAUGAAGAAAACCCUUUUGAUGACUCGCUAGAUCCUUUCCGUGACGAGCCUAACUACUGGAUCAAGAGAAGAGGACUUCACGGACGAGCCCCAACUCGCUCAGAGCUAUUGACUAAGGAACAGAGAUCUGCUAGGGGUCUCGCCAGGGUAGUUGCCUACUGCACUGCAGAAGGGUAUGAUAUUAAAAGACUUACAACAUUUUUAAGGGAAAAACAUGCGGUCCAGCCCCGACUGUAUGAUGAGGCACUCUAUGCUGCCUAUCACUUCCCUCUUGUUCCAGGGAAAACAACCAAAUAUAUGGCGGGACCGCCAGUUCGAUCUCCUGGCGGCGGCUCUGUUUUAGACAAGCAGUUGGAGCAGUACGAAGAGAAUACAGGAGAUGCUUAUUCUAGGUCACUUGAGCAUGCCAAAGAGUUGGCGGAGGAAGGAUAUCGCCAGCAUCUCAAGACACAAGGAGAUGGGAUCAGAUCUGGUAACAAUUCCAUCAACAGCAAAAAACUAAAGAACAGACGUCAAACUGCCAGCCGGCCAAAUGAACAAAAUGAAGAUGUCGGCUUGAGCACAUCAAGACAUGAGACUGGACCAUCUGACCAGAGUACUAGCACAGCGCUUGAACAACAAGAUUAUUUCACUGAUACGGUAGAGGAUCAGACUACCACUCUCAAGUCUCCUACAGAUCUACAGCCUGACACUGCCGAUUUAGCUCUUACAUCAAGCCAAAAUCAUGCUGUGGCUCCAUUUAUGGGUGGGGAAGUAUUUUUCUUUGACUAUGGGGUCACUGUUUUCUGGAAUAUGACUUUGGAGCAAGAAGCAUGGAUCAUGGACGAUCUCGCACAAUUUGAAAUAAAGCGAUUGCUGCCUGAAGAUGUUCAGACAGAAGAGUUUCACUUCGAGUACGCAGGAUAUUCAGCGCCACGUAUCUACAAUGACAUGAUCACGUUGCGUGGAGGAAACCACAUGAUCAAGCUGACAAUAUCCCACGCCAUUUCACAGUCUGUCAAAUUGGCGCUCUAUGAAUGUCAAAUGGACGAUACCAUUGAUGAUACCAAGAUCAUCCCUAUCCAGCUGGCGCAAACAGGGAAACUGAACUAUUCUAGGCCUCAAAUCACUAGGAUCUCGGGACAUCUUUUCCAACUGCGCAUGAAUGUCGACCUUGUGUCCAAUGUGCUUGAUACGCCUGAGAUUUUCUGGUCAGAACCAGAACUUCAGCCACUAUAUAAUGCCAUCCGUGGAUAUCUCGAAAUUGGACAGCGCGCCAAGGUGUUGAGUGACCGAUGCCUGGUGAUUUCAGACUUGUUAACAAUGCUGCGCGAUGAUUUGGCAUCGAACAAUAUGAACUACAAUACCUGGAUCGUUAUCAUCCUCAUUGUCAUUGCCGUGAUUGUUGCUGCAGGUGAGAUUGUUGUCAAGUACUUGAAAGCAGACUCAUUCUUUAAAUAAGAUAAAAUUGCUUUUUUCCCCUCCACAAUAAAUAUUUUCGCUGCCAGUGGAACGAGUUGGAAGAAGUGGGAUUUGUGCAUUGAAUCAGUGAUGACAAGCACAGCGCGCAAUUAAACAAACAAAAGGUGGGUAGAGUAUUUUGUAUAUCUAUGAGCCUUUCCCAUAAAAUUCUGCCU